GUGCACAGGUUACAACAACUGUCACGUUUAUUUAAAUGUAAAAGUAUAGAUGUUAAGUCAAUUUGACAAUAAAUUGAUCAAUGCAGAUUCAAUAGGAAUAGUGCGUUUUACAAAUAUAUGUUGUUAAUUGUUUAUGACAACUUUUAGAUAUGUUACUGUAAAUACUGAAGAAAGUAAACAUAAAAUGGACAGUCUAACCACAAGACCACAUACUGAUAUUUUGAUUAUUUGUAUCUUAAAAUCAGGAAGCUUGAAAUUCAUGCCUAUUGAACUGUGAAAUUAUGCCAUACCAGCUGAGCAUGUUAAAAGUCAUAAGUUUUAUAAUGUGUUGAAUGGAUUGGAAUAUCGACUUAAAUUCUUGCACAUAGUUACUGACUUCAGACUAGGCAUGAUGAAACAAAAUGAACAUUUUUGUGGUUUCAUGACAAUCAUAGUACAUUUGUGGAUUUAUUUGGAUAUAAAACAAGUUUUGUCUUAUGAUGUUAGACCACAGAGAGAAAAAUACACUCCAAAUUAUGGUAUUUAUCAUAAUCUUUCAUCAAUAAAUUCAGUAAUGCAAAACCUUAUUAAAGAACACAGCAAUAUUAUUCAAGAUCUUUCAGAACUGUACUUAUCCCGUGGUGGCAAUUCUCAACAUGUGGUGCAUAUUGGUGCUAAUCCUUAUUCAAACAACUCCGAAACUGUGAAAAUUUUGUUGUCUUUCGGAGAACAUGCCCGUGAAUUUCUGCCAAUUGAGUCCUUGUUUUAUUUCCUAAACAUGAUUUUGCAAAGUAAAAAUGAACAAGAUAUUGAUUUGAAAGACUUUGAUGUCUAUGUAAUUGUUAUCGCCAAUCCUGAUGGAAGAUUGCAUGUUGAGCAGACUAAGAAUUUUUGUUGGAGAGGUACAGCAAAUGGUGUUGAUAUCAACAGAAACUUUGAAUGGGAGUUUGGAGGGAAAGGAAGCUCAGCGGACAAGACAGAUGAAGAAUACAGGGGGCCAUUUGCAUUCUCAGAGCCCGAGACAAGAGUGUACAGACAGCUAACGAAGGAUGUCAAGUUUGAUGCUUUUUUGUCGCUUCAUUCAGGCAUUAAACAGAUCUACGUUCCUUAUGCAGAUACAAAGUCAAAAGCUACAAAUAGAGAACCCGAAAAUAUAGCAGAGAUGAUGAAAUUAGCGGAAAUCUUGUCCACGUGUACCAGUUACAGAUACCAAUACGGUAAAGCGGCUGAUCUCAAUGACUACACAGCAGACGGAACAGUGUUCGACUAUAUGGCGGGAGUUAAACACAUUCCAUUUACCUAUGCAAUCGAGUUAUGGGGACCAGAAAGGCACACAACACCAAGCUGUUUUGACCUAUUUAACCCUGCUAAUGAACAAUUAAAGACAGUUGUAGAAAAGAUUUACCCACUGUACGUGAACUUUUUCCACUACCUCCUUUCAUGGAAAAAAUCGAAACAACGUGGAGACAAUUUGAUCAACCAACCACGGUUUGAAAAAAAAGAAAAGAAUAGAAACUUACAGCGCAUGAGUGUUUUAUUCAACGAACCAUAUCCUCCAUUGUAUACGAUGAGUAAAGAAGACGCCAGAAGCCCGAGAAGGACCCCUGAACAGUCGGACAGCUUAUUAUUGGAACCAGUGGUUUUGUUUUCGGCAUUGCUGAUACUGAUGAUGAUUCUGUUUUCGGUGAAAGAAAGAGUUAGCAUCUUUAGACUGCUUCCUCAUCAGAGAAGAAUUAUUAACCUUCGGAACCUUGGUGCCUCGUUACCAUUUCUUAAAUAACAAUUAUUGUUUAGUUUUAUUUACUAAACCAUUUGUUCGGCAUAUGCCGGGCGGCUUUAGUUAAUAAAAAAUAAAGAAAAACUGACUUCGUUUUGGCGCGGAUUGCCUCUAUACUAGAGAAACUCAUAAUAUACAUUUGUGUAUGUUCGAACAGAUAUUUAAAUAAAUCAAUUACUAAAACCAAUUUAUGUGGGUUUCUAAAGAAGCUCGGGGCAUACCUACUUGUAAACGGGUAUAGAGGCAUUUCGCGCUGAACGCUAAUCAUUUUUGUUUGGUAUUAUAAACAAUUCAGUCGGCCAUACAUCGAGAACUUAUUUACAAUUGUAAUUACCACUGCUUUACAUUUAUUGUUGCUUUUUUAUGCGCCCGAAGGAUGGCAUGUACUAUCUGAGAAUCCGUCCGUCUGUACGACCGUCCGUCUCCAUGGUGACUCAACGUCAGCAAUUUUACCUUUCUCUUUAUUCACCUUCAUCUUGUUUGAUAUGACCGAAAAUGGUUGAAAAUGAUGUCAUGUGGUUCAUGGCGUCUGCCGAGAAAACAGACUUAGUGACGUAGCUAAAACGUAUCUAAAUUUGUUUUACGGCGUUUUUCGUCUUUUCCGUCGCAUGUUCAUGCUAAAAGCCAUCUUUGUGUUUUAUGGAUGUUCAUUUAAAACAUUUAUAAUAAAGUGUAAUUCAAA